AUGAACCUAUCAAUCGAAAGAAGCCCGGUGAUUAAGUCCCGACUCCACAUCAUAAUUGGGGCCUGGGUCUUUAUUGUCUUCAUUCUCAUCAUUGCACGGAUUACCAACAGUGGCACUCCGAAGACAAGAACUAAUGUUUGGGGCAUUGCCGUGUGCCUCAAAUCAGCCGUUUUCAUGGCUUAUCAAAUAAUGACGACUCACAUGGAUCGACUCAAACGAUGGGCAAGCACAAAGGCGUACAUGAUAUUGAAUAUUAUUGAUACUGUGUUUUGGUUCGCUCUGUUUAUUAUCACAAUCAUGGGUACUACAGGGUCAACUAGUGGGAGCAGUCGGGCAUUGGGUGGCAUCACAGCUACAUUGGUAUUCUUUCUGUGUGGACUUUCCGGGCUUUUGGCGUUUAUAUCCAUUCGUGACAGGCGUUUCUUUAAAGCUCAUGGAUUUCUUCCUGGGGCUAAACCUGCGGUUCAUGCUUCUUGUUGA